AUGGCAGCAUCUUUACUUUAUCGACGAGCUCCCAUUUUGAGCUCUUUCUCUUACUCACGACAACCCCUCACUUCCACCUUUUCCAAAUACAUCACCAUGACAUCCCAUCGAUCAUUCUCAUCGUAUCUCGUCACUCCAGCCGAACUAUCCGAGGCCCUCAAAAAGAAUCCCCCCUCCAAAAUCUCCACUUCUCCCCGCACCGUCGCCCUCUGCUCAACAUGGUUCCUACCUACAUCUUCCCUAAAUGGUCUUCAAACCUACCGCGAAAAGCGCAUUCCCUCUAGUCGUUUCUUCGAUCUCGAUAAAGUAUGCGACAAACGUUCUCCUUAUCCUCAUAUGCUCCCAGAUGCUACAACAUUCGCGUCCGCCAUGAGCGCGUUGGGAAUUCGUAGAGAUGAUACAGUCGUAGUAUACGAUUCACAUGAGCAAGGUUUAUUCAGCGCACCGAGAGUAGGGUGGACAUUAAAGGUUUUUGGACAUCCAAGCGUACAUAUUUUGAACAAUUUCAAAUUAUGGGUGGAAGAGGGGUAUCCAACUGAAAGUGGGGAAUUCUGGGAUGUUGAUACUUGCGCAUAUCCGAUUCCACAAUUAGAUGAAAGCAAAGUUGCGGAUUUCGAGGAAGUUAGUGAAAUUAUUAAGGAUACUAGUAAGGAGGGAGCUGAAGGUGUGCAAAUAUUAGAUGCGAGAAGUCAUGGGAGGUGGACAGGAAAGGAUCCAGAGCCGAGAGAGGGAUUGACCAGUGGUCAUAUGAAGGGUAGUAUUAGUCUUCCCAUGGGGGAACUGUUGGAUCCAACUACCAAGACUUUGUUACCUGCGGACCAGUUAAGAAAGGUGUUUGAGAGUAAGGGUGUUGAUCCGUCAAAGCCUAUUAUUAGCAGUUGUGGUACCGGCGUCACAGCUACGAUUAUUGAUGCUGCACUGGCAGAAGCAUAUGGAGAGUCUGGUGUGAGAAAGGUAUAUGAUGGAAGUUGGACCGAAUUUGCUCAAAGAUCCAAGAUCUCUGAUGGAUUAAUCGUCAAGGAUGAAUAA